AUGCCGGACGAGCUGACGGAGCCCGGGCGCGCCACGCCGGCCCGCGCCUCCUCCUUCCUCAUCGAGAACCUGCUGGCGGCAGAGGCCACGGGCGCAGGGAGCGGGGCCCAGGGCGGCGGCGGCCGCGGGGAGGAGAGCGGCGACGACGGCGAUCCUGAGGACGAGGACGCGGGGCGGGCGAGGCGGCGGCGGCUGCAGCGGCGGAGGCAGCUGCGCGCGGGCUCCGGGAGCGGGGAGGCGCGGGCCCGCGCGCUGCUUGGGCCGGGCGCGCUGGGCCUCGGUCCCCGGCCGCCCCCGGGUCCCGGGCCGCCGUACGCGCUGGGCUGCAGCGGCGCCGCGCGCUGGUACUCGCGGUCGCACGGAGGCUAUGGAGGCGGCCUCAGCCCUGACAGCAGCGACCGGGACUCACCGGAGACGGGCGAGGAGAUGGGCCGCACAGAGGGCGCCUGGCCGAGGGGCACCGGGCCGCGAGCGGUGCAGCGAGAGGCGGCGGAGCUGGCGGCGCGGGGACCGGCGGCCGGCGCGGAGGAGGCGGCGGAACUGGCCGAGGCCCCCGUGGCGACGGCGGCGGCCGGGGAGGCCCGCGGCGGGGGCGGCGGCCGCAAGAAGAAGACGCGCACCGUCUUCUCCCGCAGCCAGGUCUUCCAGCUCGAGUCCACCUUCGACCUGAAGCGCUACCUGAGCAGCGCCGAGCGCGCCGGCCUGGCCGCGUCCCUGCAGCUCACCGAGACGCAGGUCAAGAUCUGGUUCCAGAACCGCCGCAACAAGUGGAAGCGGCAGCUGGCGGCCGAGCUGGAGGCGGCCAGCCUGUCCCCGCCGGGCGCGCAGCGCCUGGUCCGCGUGCCCGUGCUGUACCACGAAAGCCCCGCCGCCGGGGCCGCCGCCACCGCCGCGCUGCCCUUCCCGCUGGCCCCCGCCGCGCCCGCGCCGCCCCCGCCGCUGCUCGGCUUCUCUGGGGCCCUCGCCUACCCGCUGGCCGCCUUCCCGGCUGCCGCCUCCGCGCCCUUCCUGCGGGCGCAGAUGCCCGGCCUGGUGUGA